GAAUUUUUAUUAUACUCAUUAAUUAACAAAGAGUAAAUAAGAAAUUAAAAGAAAAGCAAGAGCAGAGUAGGCUCCCCCGGAAGUGCUGCUGUGUAAGCUACGGGGGCGUGUCUCCAGGCAGGUCCGGGUGCAGUUUCCCUAGAAACGCGGGAAAUCUGGCGCAGAUGCGGUUACAACCCAAACAGUUCUUUUUCCUAGCGAGCUGUGAGCCUGUCAGUGCCCUCUGGCGUGACACCUUAGAAGUAGUUGAGGCCACCGCGGCUCAGCGGGAAACUCCGAAAUUUAAUGGCACUGGUUUGGGGGAUGGCCAAGGUCAGGCGGUGCAGUCUCGGGGCUGUAUACCUGUCCCAGCGUCACGGCCGUCACUGCAGUCGGAUGCGGUGUCCCAGGACACCAGACAGACCAAGGAGGUUCAGCCUGCCAAGGAGCAGCCACCUGAAUUCGCUCCACAGUCAAGCCCCGACCUCCCCACGGAGGGAACUGCGUCACCGCCCCGGGCGCAGCAGAGCCGGCGGGGACCCCGGACUCUCUAAAGACUUCGGACUCGGAUUCGGACUUGGACAGUGAA